AUGGCUUUUCGGCAAGCCCAGACGGACACUGCUAACGCAUGCAUCAACACAGGCCUUACCCCAAAGAUGGCAAGCAAGGCUACCAACUUCUCAGCUGGCGGCUUGAUCCAAAUCAAUGUGCAUGUGGCAACGUUCUCCCCCUUGCUAUGGGGCUAUGUAAAGUUUUUCCUGGCUGAUUCCCGCCGCUCACACCCCUGUGCCAAGAUACGGCUGGAGAAACUGGUCGAAAAGUUGCUGAUGAUUGCCCCCAGCGUGGUACCCGUGGGGGCAGAGGUGGGGGUCGUGCUGCAGGUUGAGGGAGCCCCCUCUGGGCUCUCGGGCAUGGUCUAUUUCCAGAAUGAGAAUGACGAGACUGUGAAAUGCUCUGCUGAGGUGCCCUUCGACCUAAAGCCCAACAGCUUCCUGGAAAGAGUUACUCUGGAGGUGACCCAUAAACGUUUUGAGCAGUGCGGCUUGUCUACCCUGCGAAGAGACCGGUACAUCCAACUUGUUGCUCGCAGCUCAGACCUCCCCAGUCCCAAUGGCAUCCAGACCCUCAACCUGCGUUGGAGCACUCGCCGGGGGUACCUGUUUGUACAAACAGACAAGCCCAUCUAUACUCCUGGGGGAAAGGUGAAUUUCCGAAUCUUUGCCCUGGACCAGAAGCUGAGGCCAACCUUCGAACCCGUCCUCAUCACCGUUCAGAACCCGCGGGGUCUUCAGGUCCGGAAAGAUCAGCGUGCGGCCGUGGAUUCCGUUAUAAAGGACCAACUGACAAUUCCUGCAAUCACCGAGCCUGGCAUUUGGCGAAUAACAGCCCAGUUUGCUGAUGUCCCGGGUUCCAACAUGACCACAGAGUUUGAGGUGAAAAAAUAUGUGCUUCCUAAUUUUGAGGUGACGAUUAUCCCGAAACGGAAAUACUUUCUCCUCUCAGGACAGCAGGACUCUGAUUUGCAAAUUGACCUUCAGGCUAAAUUCUUCUAUGGGAAGGGUGUCAGCGGCACAGCCUAUGUGCGAUUUGGUGUGAGAGAUGAGAAUGGGGAGAAAACUCUUAUCCCAGGACUGGAGCAACAAGUUUCGGUGGUCGACGGCCAUGCCUCAGUGACCCUAAAACGCAGCCUCCUCGCAAACAAGCUGGGGCACCCCCUAGAGGACCUAAAUGGAACAUCACUCUACAUCACGGCCACUGUCAUAGAGACAGCAAGUGGAGAGUUGGAAGAGCAGGAGCUUGCCUCGGUGAAAUUUGUGUCAUCACCAUAUUCAGUGGACCUGUCCCAAACCUUGCGGUAUUUUGUGCCUGGAACACACUUUCAACUGGUGGCUACAGUUUCACUACCAGAUGGUUCACCCGUUCCCCGCCUUCCAGUUCACUUCUCCACCCAAAUAGAGGGCUCGUCCCCACAGAACACCCAAGUGAAUACCGACAAUCGUGGAAUUGUGACGCAUGCAAUCACCACUCCUGCUACAGCUAAAGCCAUCACUUUCAUGAUAACGGCAGGUGCAGAGUCUCCCGCCGAAGUCACUCAUACCAUCAAAGCCAUGAACUCCCCAGGAGGCAGUUACUUGAUCGUUCUCAGGCAGAGUCACCAGGACUUGAACCCAGGAGACACCCUCAUGCUGGGACUGAAGCACAUGGGACCCGACGACUUCUCCAACUUUUAUUACAUGCUUUUGAACAAAGGAGAUAUUGUCUUGGCCAGCAGCGUGACUCGUGGCUCCUAUACUGUCGUCCCCAUCCGCAUCACAGCCAAGCUGAUGCCGGCGUUUCGGUUUGUGGCCUUUUACCGCCUGAGGGACAAAGUUGUGGCGAACUCCAUCUGGGUGGAUGUUGUUGACACCUGCGAAGGGAAGCUGCGUCUCAGCAUAUCACAAAACCCCGGUCAGCUGCGGCCUCAGCAGCACGUGGAACUCACCAUCGCCACCGACAUGAAAUCUUCCGUCUCACUUGCUGCCGUGGACACGGCCGUCUAUGCCCUCAGUGGGAAGAAUCGCCUCACUCAGGGCAAGGUCUUCCAGGCCAUGGGAAGUUAUGAUCUGGGCUGCACAGCUGGCAGUGGGGAAAACACCCUCGGCGUCUUCACCGAUGCUGGACUCUCCCUCCGGGCAGGCACCCUGACCAGCCCGCUCCGAAAAGCCCAUGGAUGUAAUGUGGAUGUUUCCCGGAAGAAGCGUUCGUUGCAGUUGCAGACUCAACUCCAGGAGAGGCUUAAGAAGUAUUCAGACCCCGAUGAUCAGCGAUGCUGUCAGGAUGGGAUGGUGAGGAUUCUCAUGCCCUUAACGUGUGAUCAGCGGGCACAGCGGGUCCAGGGCCAAUGUGGCAUCAUUUUCCUGGAGUGCUGCCAACAUGCGACUCAGCUGCGACGCAGGCACUGGGGAUCCAAUAGUCUUGCACGGACACAUGGCCAAGAAGAAGAGGAGGAGGAGGAUUUCUUUGGUGAGGAUAUUGUUCAUGUUCGGAGCGUCUUUCCUGAGAGCUGGCUUUGGAACUGGCGUUGGAAAACACAUGAGGUGGACGGGACCAAAAAGGAAAAGUUGCUGCUUCCUGACUCCAUCACCACCUGGGAGAUACAGGCCGUGAGCAUCUCCGCUGAGAAAGGGAUCUGCGUCUCGGAACCUCUCCGAAUCACUGUCUUCCAGGAGUUCCACGUCUCUCUGAGGAUGCCGUACUCGGUGAAACGCUUUGAACAGAUAGAGCUGCGCCCAGUCCUGUACAACUAUCUGGCAAAUCCGAUCACAAGAGAAGGUGCCAUUCAAGUGGAGGAGUUCACCAUCCCUCUGGAUAACCCAG